AUGCCUCCUGAAUAUCAUCUGCAAUCGUUCUGGGAUAGUCGAUUCAAGACCGAGUCACAUUUCGAAUGGCUCGGGGAUGGACAACAUACUCUAAUACCGCAGCUACGCACCUUCCUACGCUCUCAGCAGCAGUCUAAUCCAUCAGAGACACCUCCCCGUGUUCUGCAUAUCGGUGCCGGUACCUCGACAUUGUCCGAUCGCAUUCGCGAGGUGUACUAUGAUGUCUACGGAGAUACCAUGGGCGUUGGGAGCCAUGUGAUAGUAAACACUGAUUACGCAGAAACUGCCGUGCAGAGAGGGGUGGAGGCAGAGAUCGCGAGGGCGCAGGAACAGCGAGGCGGCGGGGUGCGGUGGGUGCAAACGGACAUCCUCAAAUGGAAAGACAUAGCACAACUUGUUGAUAUCAGCCCAACGACCGGCGGGCACGCGAGUGGCAGGAAUACCGAGCUGUUCGCAGCUGUGAUGGACAAAAGCACAUCGGACGCGAUUGCAUGCGGCGCGGACAUCCGUCUCGAUGAGCUGCGAACCCGUGCAGACAUACAUCCUACUCUCGAGGCAUACCUUGCGGAACAUGACGCCCCUCCCAGUAUGCACCCCAUCGAACUCCUCUCUCUCCACCUGGCAUCGCUCGUCCGGCCUGGAGGCGUCUGGAUUUCGCUGUCGUACUCCCCAAAUCGGUUCCCCUCGCUCAAAACCGAGCUAGGGACGAAUGGGCGAGAAGACAGAGCAGGGGUCCUUCGUACAAGCAGAUACUGGGAUAUGGAGAUAUGUGAGGCUGUUGCGGCUCCUUCGGGGAUGUCUAAAGCAGGGGUUCAUGCGCCGACCGUCCAUGACUAUGUUUAUGUGUUGCGUAGAACAGAUAACAUCUAG